GAAACAAGCAACAAUAAGUGAAAAUGACUGGUCGCGGUAAAGGAGGCAAGGGACUUGGUAAAGGAGGCGCCAAGAGACAUAGGAAGGUGUUGCGUGACAACAUCCAGGGCAUCACGAAGCCAGCCAUCCGUCGUCUGGCUCGUCGUGGCGGCGUGAAGCGUAUCUCUGGAUUGAUCUACGAGGAGACCCGUGGUGUCCUCAAGGUCUUCUUGGAGAACGUGAUCCGUGACGCCGUUACUUACACUGAACACGCCAAAAGGAAGACAGUCACUGCCAUGGACGUUGUCUACGCCCUCAAGCGCCAAGGUCGCACUUUGUACGGUUUUGGUGGUUAAACUGAGUCCCUCAGAUCAUCAUCCCAAUCAACAAAAACCGGCCCUUUUUAGGGCCACAAUAAAAUAUUUAAAGAGUUUAUUUGGGGUCUUAACCCUCUCCCGGGAUCUGGGAGCAUCAGAGUGACAAACUGGAGUAGCAAACCUACCUUUCCAAUCACAGGUAAGUGCCAGGUACGUACCAGAACAAUAACAAUUGGAUAUAAUUGGUAUUUUGUCCACUAAGCAAAGAAAUAGUGAAACUGUGGGUCUUGAGGAAGGGUGGCAACUUCCCUUGUCCGGAGUGGCAUCAAAAUUGACUG